AUGUCGACUUUCCUCACCAAGGGACCGCGCGCUGUGGCCCAGUCACUCCGCACUGGCGCCCGCUCCAUGUCGAGUGCCACCGAGGAGGAGGCGAGACAGCAAAUGCACCGAUGGACUACGAUUUCGAAGGGCAUGAUUGCUUUCACGUCUGUGUUUACGGUCUACGCCAUUAGCGACCACUUGAGCCACGGACACCACGAGGAAGAGAAGCCGGCGUACCCGUACCUCAAGAUGCGCACGAAGCCGUAUCCGUGGCCCGAGUCGAACUGCGACUACUUGGACCGCGAGUGUCGCGCUAAGGCCCGCGCGGCCAAGGAGGCUCUUUCGGAAUAA